GCGGAUUAUAACAACAAACCCAUCAUAUACUAUGAUUUUCUCGGCUGGUUUAUGCUCUCCUAUACGCUCAACACCGGCAUUAUCAUCAACUUCGUAGUAUGUCUGGUCACCUUAAUUGCCAUUGGUAUCUCGAUGUUCUUCAUGUCCAAACAUGAUAGCCUAGGAUGGCGUGUCAUUAUCGCUCACUGUGCUCUCGCGUUCCUUAUACAAAUUUUAUCAGUCGCGCUGGGUGCUGGCAGUUCAAUUUUAAUAGCAUACUUGAUGGAUAGCAUGGGUUAUUCCAUGUCGUGGUUUUCCAGUAAUUGGCUGAUAUUUGGCCUCUACUUUUGUCCAAUGUUCUUUUGCUUGGGCAUAUUUCCGGCAAUCUUCUUGGAGCGCACAAAACAACAUCCACUCUGUUUGAGUUUUCGCAUUCAACUCUUCAUGCACUCGCAAUGUCUCAUUCUAAUAGCACUCACGAUCGCUUUGACACUUUUAAGUAUUCGUUCGGCGUUCAUGCCUAUGUUGGCGAUAUUUUUUUAUGCCGUACCUCUUAUCAUAAAUUUGAUUACGAAGCUGCAUGGGAAAGGUCAAUGGUUUGCCAUCGCUGUCAUCGCGAGCCAAAUAAUAUCCUUCCUCUACUUCUCAUAUGUGGCACAAUUUUUAUACAAUUUGUUAAUACCGAUAAUGGGACGCAUAGGAACCACCCUUAAUCCUGAUAUAGUAAUCUCCAUUGUUGCCAUCAUCUUUUCUCUGCUCAUUGCUGGAUUUUUGAUGCCAAUCUAUUUUUUGUACCGGAAAUCACGCACUAUCAUUUUUUGCUUCCUGGGCAUCACUUUACUUUUCAUUAUAUUGGCGAUUACACCGAUCGGUUCACCAUAUACCCCGAGACUAGCUCCGCAGCGUUAUUCAGUUCAGCAUGCAAAUCAAAUAUAUUACAAUGCCGAUGGCAGUACGUUCUUCAAUGAUUCAGCAUUUUAUGUGUAUGCAAUUGAUCGACACAUCAAUACAGCAGAAGAGGUCAUAAAUCAUUUUAAGGCAGCUCACGAUAUUGACGAUGCUUGCAGCGACGGAAUGGCAUGUGAGCUCAGCAAACCCAGUAUUUUUUAUACAAAGGGCAGUUUCUGGCUACCCGUCGACGAGUCGCCUAUUCUACCAGGCGAAAAGCCGCUCCUAGCGCUCACUGCCAAGACUAUGUUGAAGGCGACAAACAUACACCGCUACAAUUUCACCCUAACAGGACCAGAUCAUUUGUCAAUUUUGAUUAAACCAAAAGCUUCGACUAAGAUUAUAAAUUGGUCUUUCGACCAAGCCGUGUUGAAAAGAAAGGAAUACUAUUUUGUUUUUUCAUAUGGCAAAUAUAUUAAACCACUGGAGUUUUUUAUGGAUUUGGAGUCACCUGCGAACGGGUCGGCUUUAGCAAAUUUAGAAAUUGCUGUUUCUGGCAACUGGAUACACCAAUCAGUGCAACGUACCGAAAUUUAUGAAGAGUUCCUGAAAAGUUUUCCAGCUUAUACGACACUUAAGAGUUGGGUUGCCAUCUAUGAAAGUUGGUCAUUUUGA